AUGCUGAAGGAGAAACUAGACACAGGGUAUGUCAGUGAGCUGAUGAGGUUUCUCUUCACUGAUCCUGCCACAUUUGUGGAGGAGCUGAAGAAGCUUCCAGUUCCAGACAACCUCAGUGCUCAGUAUGAGAUGCUACCAAAGAAAGAGAUCGCUGUGAAGCACAUGUCACGCUUCACUCAAGGCCCAGCGGAUCCCAAUGUAGCUCCCAUCCAGAUCAGGAAACUUACAAAAUGUUAUUACUGCGUGAACAAACUUGCAUACACAUUAGUUGUGUCGUCAUGUCAACAAAUCAACAUUGGAACAAACUCUGGGAGCGACUUCACUCUGACCAUCAGCAGAUUUCAGGCUGAAGAUGCUGCAGUUUGUUACUGUCUGAGUUUUCAUAGCAUCAACAGUAAAGAUGUGUUCACUUUUGGUGGAGGAACCAGACUGGAUGUUAACUUGGGUCAAGUCCGUCCCACCCUGACGGUGCUGCCCCCCUCUAGUGAGGAGAUAAAGAAGGGCCAUGCCACACUUACAUGUCUGGCCAACAAGGGCUUCCCCUCAGACUGGAGUCUGUCCUGGAAGGUGGACGGCAGCAGCAGCAGCAGCUAUGAGGAGAGGAGGAGCCCCGGGGUGCUGCAGAAGGACGGCCACUACAGCUGGAGCAGCACCCUGAGGGUCCCUGCAGACCAGUGGAGGAAGGUGGGCUCUGUGACCUGUGAGGCCACCCAGGGCUCCCAGACUCCACUCUCAGAGACACUGAGGAGAGACCAGUGUUCCCAGUACUGACCUGACACACUGGGAAUCUGAUUCCUUUACACUUUGCAGUCUGUUUUCUUUCUUUUCCUCUAUUUUGUUCUUUCACCAUAGAAUUUUACAUAUUUCUUUUUUAUGGUGUUGUGUAUUAUUUUUAUGUUUCAAAUGAAUAAAAACUUCUUCAAAUAAUGUUUCAG